AUGGCGGAGAUCGUGGUGUGCUCCGCAACUUCGGGGGAAGAGCUGGUGACGCUGAAACUGGAGGACUUGGAGCAGGAUUCACGGAACGAUGUGAAAACACUCAAGAGAUUUCUGACCACUCGACUUGGCUAUCCGAGAUUUAGGCAACGUCUUUUGGACCGUGACCUCCUAAGUGAUGCAACGUCGCUGUCGCAGUUGUCGCUGCCGGCACAGCUUCAGCUGGUGCUGUUGGAGUUUCUGCCUUCGGAAAGAGAACGAGACCAGGAAUUCCUGGCUGCCUGCGCUGAGAAUCGGGUGGAGAAGGUUGAAGAGAUGCUGCAGUUACCUCAAAAUCCCAACACCUUUGGCAACGGAAGAGGAGCACUGCAUAUUGCCGCAGAGGAUGGUUUUUUGCAAUCACUCCAGCUGCUACUGGAAGCCAAGGCUGAUAAGGAUGUCACACUCGAGAUAGACUACACUCCUUUGCACUUGGCGACUCGCAAUGGUCAUUUGGAGGUGGUCAAAGCCCUUCUGGACGUCGGGGCCGAAAAAGACACUUCGACGCGGGAAGGCACUACCCCUCUGCACGUGGCCUCACUGCAAGGCCAUGUGGAAGUGGUGCGAAGCUUACUGCAGGCAGGUGCAGACAAAGAUAAAGCCACCUUUGAUGAAGGCUUCACACCUUUGCAUUUGGCAUGUCACCGCGGCUCACUGGAAGUGAUUCAGUUGCUGCUCGCAGCCGGCGCAAACAAAGACAAGACGCUGAGCAAUGGCCAGACACCUUUGCAUUCUGCUGCCAACGUGGGUCACAUGGAAGUGGUGCGCCUACUGCUUUCGGUCCGGGCGGCAUAUAUCUCCACCCCAGAUGGCCUGUCACCUUUACACGUGGCAGCGCAUGAAGGGCACCUGGGAGUGGCCAAAUUGUUGUUGGAUUUGGAUCGCCAUUCUGAGCUCACAGUGUGCACACGCUCUGUGACGCCUCUACAUAUCGCAGCUCAUGCCGGGCACUUGGAGAUGGUGCAACUUCUCUUGGACGUGGAGAACCGGGAUCAACGGACGCCCAACCGAGGUGCUACACCGUUACACGCUGCAGUGCAGGAAGGUCGCUUGGAGGUGGCGGAAUUCUUGCUGCGGAAUGGCGCCGAUCAUCGGAAGGCCACGGACACCGGGUGUACCGCGUUGCACGUGGCCGCGCAGAAGGGACAUCCCAAUGUGGUGCGUUUGCUUCUGGAACAUGGUGCAGAUAAAAAAGCAAAGACCCUUCAUGGUGCAACACCCUUCAGCUUAGCUGCAAGAGCAGGGAAUAUGGAAGCAAUUCGCUUGUUAAAGCCUAAGCGAAGGCGAGUUCUGAAAGACUCUACGUGA